CAGUUUAUAAGUGGUCUCGUGUAAGUUAUGUCGCCAUAUUCUAUAAUAUAAAAAUUAAAUAAUAAUAGUAAUAAUGUGGUUAAUACGAGUAUUUUUUUUGCUAACAUUUGUAAUUAUUAUUAAAAAUAAUAAUGUUGAAUCAUUAAAAAUACUUGGACUUUUUCCAUUACCUGGAAAAAGUCAUUUUGCAACUGGUGAAGAAUUAUUUAAAAUACUUGCACAAAAAGGACAUCAAAUUGAUGUUGUAAGUCAUUUUCCACAAAAAAAAACAUAUCAAAAUUAUAAUGAUAUAAGUCUUGUUGGAUCAGCACCAAUACCAGUUAAUAAUGUUACAUUUGAAUCAACAAGAGCUAUUACUGGUUUUUCACUUGGUAAAUUUGUUAAAACAACAGGAUUAGAAACAUGUGAUCUAUUGGCUCAUCCAAAAAUGCAGGAAUUAUUAAAUAAACCAAAAGGAUCAUAUGAUGUCAUAAUAGUUGAGAUAUUCACAUUUAAUUGUUAUUUAGCAUUUGGUAAACAUUUUGAUGCACCACUUAUUGCUGUUUCAACUUUAGCAGUACCAGACUGGUUAUAUGGACCACUUUCAUCACCAUUUAAUCCAUCAUACAUGCCAACAAUGACAACAGGUUAUAGUCAAGAAAUGACAUUAUAUCAAAGACUUGUUAAUACACUUGUAUCACAUAUUAUACCACAUGUGUUUCAUUAUUAUCUUGAGGAGGAACGUGGUCAUGUAGAAAAAUAUUUUGGACGUAAAUUAUCAUCAAUACAAGAAUUAUAUGAAGAUAUAUCACUCUUGUUUGUAAAUUCACAUUACAGUAUUAAUGGUAUUAAACCAACAACACCAGAUAUCAUUGACAUUGGUGGUUUACAUGUUGGUGGUACUGGACAAAAAUUAACAGAAGAUUUAAAAAAAUGGCUUGAUGAAAGUACACAUGGAUGUGUUUAUAUAUCAUUUGGAUCAAUGGUACGAAUUGAAACUUUACCAAUUGAUAAAAUUCAAGCAUUUUAUAAAAUGUUUAAUAAUAUAUCACCUGUACGUGUACUUAUGAAAAUUGCUGAUCCAAAAUUAUUACCACCAAAUUUACCAAAUAAUGUUAUGACAUCAUCAUGGUUACCUCAAGUUGCAGUAUUAAAACACGAACAAGUCAAGGCAUUCGUGACUCAUGGAGGUCUUAUGGGAACUCAAGAAGCUAUUGGUUGGGGUGUACCUUUAAUUGGUCUUCCAUUAUUUGGUGAUCAACACACGAAUAUUCAAAAUUUUGCUAAUCAAAAAAUUGCUGUUAAGCUAGAUGUUGAUAAUUUUAAUGAACAUACUUUAACAAAUGCUGUUAAAGAAGUUUUAAAUAAUCCCGAAUAUAUGCAUAAUGUAAAAGAAGCAUCAGCUCUUUUUAUGGAUCGACCAAUGAGUGCAAAAGACACGGCUGUUUAUUGGGUUGAAUAUGCUGCAAGACACGGUAAUCGUCUUAAAUCACCAGGUAGAAAAUUAACAUGGUGGAAAUUUUAUCUUCUUGAUGUUUAUGGUCUAGUAUUAGGUACAAUAUUAUUAGCUUCAUAUAUUGUUAAAAAAAUACUGGGAUUUAUUUAUCAUCUAAUUUGUUCAUCGAAGAAUCCAAAAAAAAAUCUAUCUAAAAAUAAAAAAAACAAAUAAAUUAUUAAAAUAUUAUUAAUUAAAGUUGUUCAGGUUAUUUUUCAUAAUGUAAUAAAUAUUUUGAUAAUUAAAACACUUGAUUUACAAUAACAAAUUCUUAUUAAUUUUGUCCAGCAAUUAUCUUGAUACAAGUUUUUUUUCAUUUUAAUUGCAAAACACAAUAAAAUUAUUGAAUUAACUUACAAUAAGUAUUUUUGUUUUCUAUCAUUAUUUAUAAUAAUAUUAAACAAAUAUUUUUCAUUUUAUCUUGUAUAUAAAAUUUUCCAUUAAACUCAUCUAGUUCAAUGGGCGCACAUUGUCUCUUGAUAUUGAUACAUUAUUUUUAUUACAAUUGUUUUUCUCUUCUAAAUUUUCAAUAAUACAAUAAUUUUUUUUUUUUUUUUUCGCAUUUUAAUUACACCAUACAAAAUUGAGGCUUAUCUAAAAAAAAAAAAAAUCAUCUAGUGAAAUAAUAAUUACUGUUUAAACACAAAAACUAUUAUACUAAAUAAUUAAUAUUUACCCCAAGUCUAGUAAUUAUGUUACUGAUUCAUUAUGUAGGCUUAAAAAAAUUUUUCAUUUUUUAAUAACAAACAGUUUCUUUUUUUUUUUUUGUUUAAUUUCUGAAAUCAAAUAUUCAAGAGGUAGAUAUUCUUUUUUUUUUUUUUUUCUUCUUUUUUCUAAAUAUUAAUUCAUUUUUAUGAUUAUUAUUAUUGUUUAUGUAUUUUUAUUUUCAUGGUGUAAUUAUUUUUCCCUUUUUUUCUUUAAAUAUCUUAUAUAUAAAUAUUUUUUUCUUUUAACAUGAUUUGUUUUUUCUUUUACUUGACAAUCAACAUAUUUUUCUAAAAUUUUUACGAUAGCGAUUACAAGAGUAAUACAAAAAGCUUGGAUUUAUAAACUACAUUUUGAGAUAAAAUACAUAAGGGGUUUUCAAAAAGUAGGGCUCAGGUUGAUUAGC